AAGCGAUAAAUUAUCUUGUCAUGUGUCCAAACAUCAAUUUACUCAAAUUGUAAUUUCAAAGUCCAAGGUUAUAAACUAGGUAAUGAUCAGAUUUGAAACUACAAUGUUUGAAGAAAAGCAUGAUGAUCUCUAUGUCUUGGAGGUUUGGCAGACCCUUCAGAUUGAUUAACAUCCACGAGUAUGCUUAUAACAAACAUUAUACGAGCCUGUUCCACAAAACGAUUGUUAUAUGAAGUAAAGUUAGCAAAUCAAACUGUCAAGAAAAUCAAGCCGCCAAUGCAUAAGGAUAAACCUCUGAAGAUGGAAGAUCUAACGAAAGUCUACUUGACUCCUUUACCGGAUUCUCCUUACGUGAGGCCUUUCCGCUUUAACUAUGUGCAAGGAGGCAAGGAUAAGAACUGGGAUAUGCUGGCGGUGCAUGACAGCGUCGCUAUCAUAGUUUUCAACACCACCAAAAACGUUUUGGUAUUCGUCAAGCAAUUCCGACCCGCUGUGUACUUCAACUGCAUACCACCAGGAGAACGGGAAGCUGGGGAAAUUGAUACGAGCAAGUACCCAGCCUCACUAGGCAUCACUUUGGAGAUGUGCGCGGGCAUCGUAGACAAGAACAAGUCCUUGCAGGAGAUAGCCAAGGAGGAAGUUUUAGAAGAGUGCGGCUAUGACGUACCGCUCAAAGAACUGCUACAAAUUGCGUCAUACAGGGCCGGUGUCGGCGUUCAGGGCUCGCUACAAACAUUAUUCUACUGUGAGGUCACCGACGACAUGAAAAUAGGAAAAGGUGGUGGCGUCGAAGAUGAAAUCAUAGAGGUAGUAGAAAAAACAAUACCAGAAGUAGAAAAAUGGAUAUCCGGUCCGGGACCUCUGAACACUCCGCCAUCUUGUCUAUUCGCAUUGAUGUGGUUUCUACGACACAAAGCUGACAAAUACAGAAAUAAGGUCAUUUGAGAGGUACUGCGGUGAAUGCAAAGUGGUUCAAGACGAUGGAUUUUUUGCUACAUGUAUGUGAUUUUGUUUUAUAAUAAUUUACAUGUACUUUUAAUGUAUUUCGUAGUUUAAUGCCGGUUAUUAUAAGAUAUUUUAAGCCUUGAAAUCAAAAUAACUUAACAUUUUGAUAAGAAUGGCCAUUUCCAAUUGACCUACAAUUACGGAUUCAUGUUCACAACCCAUGAGUACUUUGAACAUAUUUUAUCGCGAUGUAAAAACAUGAACAUUAUAAUUUCACAAUAUUUUUCAUAACCUUGACAUUAGUAAGUACUUGUAGGUCACGUCGUAUUGUGAUGCAAAUUGUAAAACGUAAUAUUUUAUGAUUACCGGAUACACACUUCGUGAAUACUUAAAUUAGUUCAGUAUAGAUUAUUUUCAUUUUUAUUAUGCAAGGUAUUAUGUAUAUGUCGUUUUGUCUGUUGAUAAUGGAAAUAUGGACACGUAUUUUUACUUUGUUAUAGUCAGUUGUUUCUACCUACUCCUGGGUCACUUAGAUAGAUGUCAGUAUAGUCGAUACUGAGUUAUUAGUUUCGGGCAAAUUAACUUUUAAAAGUCGUUACAAAAGAUCAUUAAGUAUCUACGUAAAAUGAACUAAGCAUAUUCCGAAAUGCAAUUAUAUGUAAAAAAAAACAUAUACGGUCAAAUUACGACUGCCCAAUUGGUGCGGUGGCUGGGCAACUAGCUGCCGCGCAACGUAUCGCGGGUUCGAUUCCCGCACGGAACAACUCUGUG